AUAAUAUCUGAAAUGUUCAAAUGGUAUACUAUGGAAAACCUCAUGGACCUCUGCUCCAUUGAAGAUGGAUAUAACAGCAGCAGCAUUGUUCUUGAAAAACAAGUAUUUAGAUCGAAAGUGCCAGAAUCACAUGUUCAGCUGGCUUGUAGCCUCCAUUACUGUGCUUUUCCCUUAAAUGGAAAUGAACUUUGUAUUUGGAAUAUGAGUGAUGAGCCUAACCAUCAGCCAUUGCGUUUAAUAGGUCAUCAUCACGCAAUUACUGCACUGGCAUUUGGGACCAAAGUUGAUCCUCUCCUUAUUUGCUCUGCUUCACAAGAUUAUGUGAUAGUUUGGAAUCUGGAUGAAUGUACAAAUAAGGUGCUAGAAGGGUUAAUGCCACAAGGUACUGUGAUAGGAACCCUUCUGGGGAUGGUGCUUUAUGUUCGUUUUAGUCCAGAUGAUCAGACUGUGGCAGUAUGUGCUGGUAAUCGAAUCUACGUGCUAAAUGCAAAGGAUGAAGCAAUAAUUGCUGAACUAGAAGGCCAUCUAGCACCGGUAACUGCUGCUGAAUUUUGUACUUGGGAGAAAAAUAUACUUAUAUCGAUUUCAGAAGAUAGAAGUUUUAAAGUCUGGGAUUACUGUAUUGGAUUGCUAAUAUAUCAAUCAGCAGUAAUAACAGCAUUUCCUCUUUUAAGUCUCUUUAUUGAUGAAGCAAAUAAACAGAUUAUCACUGGUUGUGCAGAUGGACAGCUGUGGAUAUUCAGCUUGAUUAGUGGACAUAAGUAUCGCUGUGUAAUUCAUAUUAAUUUCAAGAAAGAGAGAAAAAAGUUUUACAACAAAAUAACAAAGUUUGAGCAUUUGGAUCAGAUUCAGAAUAUUUCUCAGACAUGUAUUAUAAGCAAUAUAGAAGAAGAAGAUGCGGUUGAAACUACCUUUCCAAUCCUUAGAAUUGAACACUGUGAUAAUCCAGCAAAUUUUGGUGAUAAAGAAUCUAGAUUUCCUGCUGAGGGUACACAGUAUUUGUGGAUUGGAAGUUCUACUGGUUUAUUCAUAAUUAACAAUGCAAACUUUGAGUUGGAAGCUGCUUUACAUUACAAAGACUUCACUGGUCUUAGUAUUCAGAUUGCUGGAUCCUGUGCUUUAACGAGGAAGGCAGUCAAUGGAAAGGUUUUCUGUUUGCUAACUUCUAUGUUGGAGAACAAAAUAGUUUUACUGGAAGUUAACGUUGCUGCUCUGUUGAGAUGCCAGCAGAAUAGUCUCCUUUUAAAUGGAAGGGAAGAAGGCUUUUCUGCUGUUGCAAGAUGUUCUCUUCUUGUGACCUCUCCCUUGUACCUGAAGAAGGAAAAAGCCAAACUUGUAAAUAAAACAGGUACAAAAAAACAUAUAAAAGACAAGCCAUUGGUUUUUCAUAACAAAAUUAAAUCAUCAGGUUAUACAUCAGCACCACACUUGCUCAUGUUCUCUCCAAAUUCAAAAAUAAAACACAGCAGGUUGCCAUCAGAAUACAAGAGAAGUUGGAGACAAAGAAAGAAGGAAGACUAUCCACUUGGAAAAUCUCCUCCAACCGAAAGUGUGAGGCAAAUUAAUGUAACCGAUAAACCAACUGCCAUAUGCUGUAUUCAGUAUUCAGGAAAUGGAGAAUUAUUGGCUUGUGGUUUAGCUGACAAAACAUUGCUGGCAUUCAAAUCAAACCUUAUAGGAGAACCAACUGUUUAUUCAGGACACGAUGGUGCUAUUACCUCAGUAGGUUGGAGCCAUGACAAUAAUUGGGUUGUUUCAUCUUCUGAAGACAGAACAUUAAAGAUCUGGUCAGUUAGCAGCGCAGAACCUGCUUUAUGUCUGGGAAAGGAAAUAUUUCACAAAUCUAUCCGAUCAGCCCAGUUUUAUUAUAUAGAUACGUUCAUAUUACUGUCCUGUGGAGCAGAAUUUUAUUUAUUAAGAUAUUAUCUUGACACCAGUAAAGAUGAGAUAAAACGAUAUAGAACAAAGAGUAUUUGCAAAUCAAUACAGAAAUUUCCAAUGGCUUCUACAGUGGAAAUUACCAGCCUUUCAGCAGUGAACGAUUUCUACUCUUAUAUUGUAUUGGCAGCUGGGAGUAACCGAGCACUAGAAAUAUUUGACCUCAAUGUGGGCCGUAGUGCAGCAGUGAUAAGAGAUGCUCAUUCUAGAUCAGUUCACCAAAUUUGCCAAAAUAAGGGAUCAUCUUUUAGCUGUCAACCACAGGAAGCUUAUAAUCUCUUUUUAACAGCAGCUAUUGGUGAUGGUAUCAAACUUUGGGAUUUGAGAACAUUGAGGUGUGAGCGUCGUUUUGAAGGUCAUAAUAGCCGCAGUCAUCCAUGUGGAAUUAGUGUUUCUCCCUGUGGCCAAUUCAUUGCUUGUGGAUCUGAAGAUAAAUGUGCUUACAUAUAUGAGAAGCAUUCCAGCACCUAUUCUUAUAAAUUGACAGGACACACUGAAUCCGUAAUCAACGUGGCUUUUAAUCCAUCAUCUCCCCAGCUCAUUUCAGCUACCCUGGAUGGCAAAUUGCAAUUGUUUCUACCCCAAUAACAAUCACCACUGACGUCUUUGGCUUUCCUGCAUUGAGAAUUAAACUUCUUGAAAGAAAAAAAAGAUUGGUAGCUGAGCAUGGUAGCUGAACAUGGUAACUAGGCAAACUGUAGUCUAUUUUAGUUAAAAUACAGUCUUCCAGAUUUGUUUCACUAUUUGACAACCAACUGGGAUUUUCUUAAAAAAAAAUCAUAUUGCUGGAAAAGCAGAUUCAUAGAUGAUACCAAAUGAUAAAUGUUUAAUAUUUUGUAGCGUUAGAUUAUGUUUAAGAGUUCAAGAGUUAAGUUUCUGUAGUGUAUACAUUUCUAAUGCAUUUUACUGAUAUUUUGGAUGGUUGUUUUAUAACCAACCCCAUUUCUUAUGAUUACAUAAAUAAGAUAAAACUUUUGUUAUUCAGUUGUUUGCUAACACCCAACCCUCAAUAAUAAAGGAACAGUCUACUCAUUCCUCUUGCAUCUUGAUUUAAUUAUAGAGACCGUCUGAGAUGCUAAGUAUUUCCUCUGCAUAUUGGAUAUGCUAGCAAUAUUUUAAUAUAUUUCAUGUACCUUUGAUUUUAGGUGGUCAACAGACACUAUUAUGCAAUGUCUUUCUCCUUUUUCCUCUAAAAAUUCUUCAGUUGACUAAUGCAAGUAAAUAUAACAUGGUUCUUUUUUUGAAAGAAUCAUAGAAAAUGCAACUUUCUCAACAGAUUGUUAAAAUAUGAAUAAGGACAGGUAUUUUUUGCAGAAUUUUUAAAAGUUAAUUUUUAACUAUGCUUAAUGUUCUUUCACACAACUGUAAAUCUGGAACAAAGUAAAAUAAGUUAAUGAAGUAAAAUAAGUAAAAAUAAUAGUUUCACCAUUCUCAGAACUAUUACAAUAGAAGCUCAAUCAAAAUAAAGGUCACUACUGUUUUACGACACAUUUAUUUCACUAGUUAUGCUUUCUAUAAUAUGAAAACAAGUGAUCACCUGAAUACAAAUUCUUCAGUAAACUGGUCUGUGGGUUUUUAAACAAGAGGAUGUAGAUGCUCAAACUUAUUUAAUUAAUUGGGAAUAGUCA